CGCGCGGGCUGCGCGCGCCCAUUGGCCGCCGCCUCGCACACCUUUGGCGGCGAUUGGCGGGGGAGGGCGCCGAGCCCCGCCCCCCCCCCCGCGCGGGCCGGGGGAGCCGCCACCUGAAUGGGGAGCGGCGAACAAAAAGAGGAAAAGCGCGGCUGCAGCGGGCGGACAGCGGUGGCGGCUCCGGGCGGCGGCGGCUCCGCGGCACCGAAGGAAGAAAUGGCGAUGAUGACUGAGAAACAGAGAGAUACUAGGUAUUUGUGGAACAACGCUCCUGAAAAAAGCGAUUAUGAGGCUGUAGAAGCCCUUAUUUCUAUGAGUUGCAACUGGAAAUCAGACUUCAAAAAACAUGCAGAAAUGAGACCUAUAACUCCAGCAUCUGAUAUGUCAGAAGAAAGUGAUGAGACCUUGUUUCCUGGAGCAGCAGACUUUAAUGCAAUACCAGCAUUUUGCCUGACUCCCCCCUACAGCCCUUCUGACUUCGAGAUGUCGCACAUGGUCCAUCCUGGGACACCGGCAGCCGCUGCAGCUGUUGGCAAAUUGAUGGCCGAGGCUGCCAAGCCUUCUCUGGCCACACCUCACAGAGAGGCAGAGAGGCCUCCAGCAGCCGUGCCUCUGAAAGCUCAAGCAACCAGCGUUAUCCGCCAUACGGCUGAUGCCCAGCUUUGUGAUCGCAAAACCUGCCCAGUGAGAACAGCCAGCGUGCUGAAAUACCAGGACAGUAUUUCGAGAGAAACAAACAGUAAACAAAACACUGAAACAGAACAUUUGUUGUGUUGUGCUGCGGCACCAAGCAAAGUCAGUGAUGGGGGUGAUGAACUGCCAGUGGCAGAAAGCAAAAUCACCGAGCCAGCUGUCAGCCCAGUGCCCUCAACAAAGCCCUUGGCUGGCAGACACCAGCCUGUCCUUGGGUCAGCUGGGCUGCCACCGCCAUGCCCUGCCCAAGGCGGUGGAGCCCCUGCUGUGCCAGUGAUUUGCCAGAUGGUCCCACUGCCCGCAAACAACAACGUUGUGACCACCGUAGUGCCUAACACCACGCCAAGCCAGCAGCCAGCUCUCUGUCAACCCAUGGUCUUCAUGGGCACCCAAGUUCCCAAAGGGGCUGUUAUGUUUGUGAUGCCCCAGCCAGUUGUGCAGAGCACAAAGGCUCCCAUUAUUAGUCCAAAUGGCACGAGACUCUCUCCCAUUGCCCCUGCUCCCGGCUUUGUACCUUCUGCAGCAAAGAACACUCCUCCGGUUGAUUCUUCAAGAAUAAGAAGUCACAUUUGCAGCUACCCAGGAUGUGGGAAAACAUACUUCAAGAGCUCCCAUUUGAAGGCUCACGUCAGAACACACACAGGAGAAAAGCCAUUUAGUUGUAGUUGGAAAGGCUGCGAGAGAAGGUUUGCGCGGUCUGAUGAACUGUCCCGCCAUCGCAGAACGCAUACUGGAGAGAAGAAGUUUGCCUGCCCAAUGUGUGAGCGGCGAUUCAUGAGGAGUGACCACUUAACGAAGCAUGCCCGUCGCCACUUAUCGGCUAAGAAGUUACCCAACUGGCAAAUGGAAAUGAGCAAGUUAAACGAUAUUGCCGUGUCACCAACAUCUGCAGCUGCGCAGUGAAAGGAUGUAGUCUGAAGAUGGUGGAAUUAACUGUUGUUGCUGGGAUAUGCCAGCUGAAGAAAGGCUUUUGCUUCUAGUCCGUGGUUCUUCCGUGCCAGCUGCUGAUGGUGGUGCGGCAGAGGGGCAAAAGCAGUCUGUGCUUGGUCACAAAAAUGUUGCUGGGAGAACCAGAGGCUGACUGGAAUAGCGAGUAUCUUUUGCACUGGUAAGGAAAGGGAGAAAGGGAAGGUUCUAGAGCAGAUCAGCAAGCAUUGUGCAUGUUUUGAAUUUUGGGAGUUAUUCGUAUAUACUUGAGAUCAGCCAGGUGUAAGUAUUCCUGAAAGUUUGCUGCUGACCAUUGAGACCAACUCUGAUUUGAACUUGCAGUGUCAGUAUGGCACAGCAUAGGAAGACAACAACAUAUGGGCGCAGGCUUGAAAACCCAGAACACACCUGCAUAAGAUAAUCUAAGCUGUUUUUCUUACUUCUGCCACCUUUUCUUGAUAGGAAUCUUUUCCUCCAAUCCAUAUUCUGGCUCCAUUAUAAGUGAUGAUUCGGUGCCAGACUCCUAGAAGUUUUAGGCCUGUCUCACUGCAUGGGUUUUUCAGCUUUACAUGACUGUCCAGGGGUGCUGGGAGUGUGCAUUUUGAGGCGCCACGUGGGCAGCUGGAGGGUGGGAACACUUCUGAAUCCUCUUUAGCUGUGUAAUAUUUUCCCACCUGCUUUGGCAAGCGUUGUGAUUAUUACAGUCAGUUGGGCAUCGUACAGUGCUUCUGCUUUUGUGUUGCUUAUGUUUUCCUUAAUACCUUUUCACCAUUCUGUACCACUGGCUUUUUGUAAACCAAUACUGUGCACUUUUAAGAGAAACAUUGUAACUGUAAACUAUUUGGAUUGAUUAAGGAAGAAAACAAAGAAUUUUAGGCUUCUUGAUUAUGUUAUUCUUUUAAAGAUGAUUUAUACUAAAAAUGAAAUGGAUAUAUUAUGUAUUGUACACAGUUAGAAAGUUGUGAGUUGAAACAUAAAAUGAGGCAGUAAAGGCACUGGCCUAGAAUUUAAACUGUAGCUUUUGUGACAAAUAAUGCAUCAGCUUUCACUAUUUCUAUUUUAUUGUAUUAUAUUGAGGACACGUAUCAGAAAGUGGACAGUUUGCAAAUAGUGUAUUAGAUAUGCUUUUUGUGACUACUUUAAAGAUUUGCACAUUUCCUAUGUUGUACUUUAUACUUUGUUUACAAUAAAACGAAUUUUCUUUUAUACAGA